AUGGCUGCCAAAUGCCCCUUGACACCCGAUGAUGCAAACGAGCUCUGCAGGAGGGCUGAUCAAUUAACAAAUGAGUCAUUAGAGAGCACCAGAAACAUGAAGCUUCUGUUAGAAGAGAGCAAACAUGCCGGGAUCAGGACAGUGGUCAUGCUAGAUGAACAAGGCGAGCAACUGGAGCGAAUAGAAGAGGGGCUGGACCAGAUCAAUCACAAUAUGAGGGAAGCUGAGAAAAGUCUCACAGACCUUGGCAAAUGCUGUGGCCUCUGCUCAUGUGAUAAGCUAAAGACAUUUGAAGUCAGUGGAGCCUAUAAAAAGGUAUGGAUGAAUAAUAAGGAUGGUGUGGUGUCCAGUCAACCCCCAUCUCGUGUGGUGGAUGAGAGAGAGAAAAUGACAAUGAGUGGUGGAUAUUUCUCGAGAGUGACAAAUGAUGCAAGGGAGGAUGAGAUGGAGGAGAACCUGACGCAUGUAGAUAGCAUCCUCGGCAAUUUGAGAAACAUGGCAUUUGACAUAGGCAACGAAAUUGAUGCUCAGAAUGUACAGACCAAGCGGAUACAGUCAAAGGCCAUUGUGAAUGAGUGUCGCAUCAGUGAGGCUAAUCAGAAGGCUACCAAGUUAAUAGUGAGAUAA